AUGCCUUUCUUCCCUCAAGCAUACCUCUCUCCCGAGGCUGGUCUCUUCCAAAUCCUCUCAGAGCUCGACCAGCCUCAGCAAAAGACAUGUGUCCGACGCCAGACACCCCGAACCUUCACCCCGAGAUUCGAUGUCACUGAAACAGCCCAAGCCUAUGAGCUUUUCGGUGAAGUCGCAGGCCUCGAGCAGCAAGACCUCUCCAUCGAAUUCGCCGACGCCCAAACCCUCAUCGUCAAGGGCAAGACCGAACGCGGACCCAGCACCACCCAAGCUCCUGAAGUUCAAGCUACUCAACCCCAAUCGACCGAUGCCUCGUCAGAGAAGUCCCACACACCUACCGUAGAAGAUGCUGAGUACGAUGAAGCCGACACUCCUCUUGCGACUCCCGCAAGCACUGCUACAGUCACCGAGACCCCAUCUGAGGAGCAGAAGCAAGCCAAGGCACCAGCACCAAAGCCCAGGUACUGGGUCGCCGAACGCCGGGUCGGGACUUUUGAGCGGAGCUUCUCGUUCUCGCAGAGGAUCGAUCAGGAUGCUGUUGAAGCCAGUCUGCACAAUGGUGUUCUCCAUGUUGUAGUCCCCAAGUCGCAGAAGUCGAAGAAGGUCGCUGUCAGUGUCAACUAA